CGGCAAUGCGUUCCCCCAUCCCCAGAUAAGCUCGCCUUUCACGUUCCCUCUCGUUAUUGCAAACAUGCCCCGCACCGUCCUCGUUGGUUUCGGCGUCGACGUCGACGCUGUGGCCGGAUGGCUCGGGUCCUAUGGCGGCCAAGACUCGCCGAGCGACGUCUCCAGGGGCAUCUACGCCGGCGAAGUAGGCGUCCCCCGCCUCCUCAAGCUCUUUGCAAAGUACAACAUCAAGACCACCUGGUUCAUCCCUGGACAUAGCCUGGAAACCUUUCCCGAGCAAAUGGCCGCCGUGCGCGACGCUGGCCACGAAAUCGGGCUCCACGGGUACUCUCACGAAAACCCCGUAUCGAUGACGAUCGACCAGCAGCGCGACAUCCUCGACCACACGCACGCCCUGCUCACCGCCUUCAACCACGGCGUCCCGCCCAGGGGGAGCGUCGCGCCGUGGUGGGAGACGAGCAGGGAGGGCACCGAGUUGUUGCUGGAGAAGGGGAUCGAGUAUGAUCAUUCGAAUAUGGCGCACGACUCGCAGGCGUACUACCUCCGCGACGAGGACACCUGGACCAAGAUCGACUACAACGCGCGCGCGCACACCUGGAUGAAGCCCCUCCAGCGCGGGAACGAGACCGGCGUCGUCGAGAUCCCGGGCAACUGGUACCUAGAUGACUUGCCGCCCAUGAUGUUCAUCAAGUCCGCGCCCAACUCGCACGGCUGGGUCAACACGCGCGACGUCGAGGACCUCUGGAAGGACUAUUUCUCGUACCUCUACCGCGAGGAGGAGAAUUUUAUAUUCCCGAUCACGAUCCACCCGGACGUCAGCGGCCGCCCGCACGUCCUGAUGAUGCUCGAGCGCUUCAUCGAGUGGGUCAACACGCACGCCGACGUGCGCUGGGUCAAGAUGCACGAGAUGGCGGACGAGUUCCGCGCGCGCGUCAAGCCCGCCGCGGGGGCGAGGAUGCCGAGGGGGGUGGAGGCGUAAGGGGCGUAAGGGGCGGAAGGAGAAGUGUGAGAUUGUUUGUAUUGGCAGGGUUGUAUGUAGGGACGAAAGUGUUUGAUCAGAGUCUGAAGCGGCGCAUCUCCGGGGGUGGUGUUCUAUCUCUCGGUUACAUGAUAGUGUGUACGAUACAUUCGCCGGUCGCUCGGGAUGCUCACCAGACCUUUGUGCGAGGUGAAUCCGAGGAUGGGCUUGCCCUGAGAUCGGCUGGAGGAAAGGACGCUUUGCAGCAUCAAUAGCCGAGAUGGGGGCCACUACUAGUCCUCUUCGAUGAUGGUAAUUUUAUGACCCUCCGUGACGGGCACAGGCGCCGGAGCCUCCUCCUUCCCCUCCUGCUCCCCGCCCUCCGGCUGCGGUCCAGCCUCCUCGUCACCCUCCCCGACCUCCCCGCCCUCCUCGUCGCUAUCAUCUUCUCCCGGUCUCUUAAACACCAAUUCCUUUCCGCCGAGCAGCCUCCGCUUCUUGAGCGGCGCGCCGUCGUCGUCCCGCGUCCUCGCAGCGCCCUGCGAGUCGUCCCCCUGCGCGUCCUUGUCGGCCGAGUGCUUGGCCUUUGCUUUCUCCUUCUUCUUCAGCCGCUUCGCGCGGUUCUUGGCCGUCUUCGCCUCCGCCUGCUCCUCCCACUCGCGUUUCCUGCGCUCAAACUCCGCCGUCUCUUGCUCCUUGCGAUUCUGCUCCUCCAUCAUCUUGAGCCGCUCGUACUCGCGCCGCCGCGCGGCCUUGUAGACGUGGAACUCGCCGCUGCCCGCGCCGGCGCUGCUCCCCUGCACG